UGCUGCUCCGGCUUUUCGCGACUUCGAAACCUCCGCCACCUGCCGGGACUUGGCCGUCCCCCGGUAUAAAGCCCCGGGGACGAGUCCUGCCCAGCAGUCAGACCCCCAUGGAGACACUGCUGGGGACAGCGCACGGCCGGAAGCUGGAAGGAACUGGGAGCUUGAGCCUUCAAGGAAAGAAAGAUGAACAUGGACUCCAGGGGCCUCAUGGCCCUUACUCCCCAAAGUGAGGGCCCUGCCCAGCAAACCGGUCCUGCCAUGAGUCUUUCAACUGUCCAGGAGAAUUCGUCUCCUGGGCCCACCAGCCUGGCCCCACAUCCUAGAGGGCAGGGGAGCCCCCAAACCAGCCGGUCUGGCUCCCCACACAAUAGAACAGCCCCAGAGCUGGGCCAGCCAGAAGUAGUGGAUGAUACUGAGCUACAGAUGAAAGUGGACUUUUUCCGGAAACUGGGCUACUCAUCUGGAGAGAUCCAUGGGGUCCUCCACAAGCUGGGACUUCAAGCUGAUACCAACACAGUCCUGGGUGAACUGGUAAAACAUGGGCCAGCCACAGAGCGGGAGACUCCAUUGGAUGGGCCCCCAGAACCUCCACUGGUGCCCAGAGGUGGAGGGACCCCAAAGGCACCCUCCCCUUGCUCUCUACCUGCUGAGGAUAAGGAAGUCAGUAACCUGAGGCCAGUGGUCAUCGACGGGAGCAAUGUAGCCAUGAGCCAUGGAAAUAAAGAAGUUUUCUCCUGCCGGGGCAUCUUACUAGCAGUGAACUGGUUCCUGGAGCGCGGCCACUCUGAUAUCACAGUUUUUGUGCCCCUUUGGAGGAAAGAGCAGCCACGUCCUGAUGUGCCCAUCACAGAUCAGCACAUUCUUCGAGAACUGGAGAAGAAGAAGAUCUUGGUAUUCACACCAUCCCGGCGCGUCGGGGGGAAGCGGGUCGUGUGCUACGAUGACCGCUUCAUAGUGAAGCUUGCGUUCGAGUCCAACGGCAUCAUAGUGUCCAAUGACACGUACAGGGACCUGCAGAGCGAGCGGCUGGAGUGGAAGAGGUUCAUCGAGGAGCGGCUGCUCAUGUACUCUUUCGUCAAUGAUAAGUUCAUGCCACCUGAUGACCCCCUCGGCCGACACGGGCCCAGCCUGGAUAACUUCCUCCGGAAGAAACCUCUGGUGCUUGAGCACAAGAAACAGCCCUGCCCCUACGGGAAGAAGUGUACAUACGGGAUCAAGUGCCGGUUCUACCACCCAGAGAGGCCAAGCCGGCCCCAGCGCUCAGUGGCAGAUGAGCUGCGAGCCAAUGCCCGGCUCUCCCCACCCCGGGCACCUGCCAAAGACCAGAAAUGCCGUCAGCCCUCACCCACAUCCACUCCAGCCCCCGGGUCCCUGCCUCUGAAGGAUGAUCGGGAAUGUUGGCUGCCGGAGAAGUUCCCGGGGCCCCAGCAGGCUUCUGGAGGAAGUGGGGAUGGGCCGCCUAAGGCCUAUGCCCAAGGCAGGAGCCUGCCAACCAUGAGUGGUGGCUUCGGCCCGGCCGACUGGGGCCCCCCUCCCCUCGACUCCCUCUCUUACCUCUCCCAAGACUGCCUGGACUCUGGCAUUGGUUCCCUGGAAAGUCAAAUGUCUGAUCUGUGGGGUGGCCGGGGCAGCAGCCAUGGGGAGUCUGGGGAGCCUUCCAGGACCGGGGGGAGUGGGAGCAACCCACAGAGGUGUGCCUUCCUAGGCCGAGUUCCCCCCCUGACCUAUGGCCCUGAGCCCCCCGCCGGCCCUUCAUCUCUCUCCUUCUCAGGCUACGGACGCCCUGUGGGCACCGGGCAGUUCAGCAUUCCAGCAGAGUACCCUCCACCUCUGGGAUAUGUACCACGCGAGUACUGGUCAGAGCCGUACCCCAUGCCCCCUCCCACAGCCACCAGGGCUCCCCCAGCCCUUCGGGAUCCCCACCUGCUCAGUGCCCCCGAAGCCUAUGGUGCCGAAGCAGCAGCCUGGGGAGCCGGGUCAGACAGCUUCACCAAGCAGCGGGCCAGCCUGCGAGUGAAGCUCUGCGGCAUCUUCCCCCCACAUCUGGUGGAAGCCGUGAUGAGACGCUUCCCCCAGCUCCUGGACCCCCUGCAGCUGGCUGCUGAGAUCCUCAACUACAAGUCUCAGAACCCCAGUGGGUGACCCCUGCACAGUUCGCAGUGUUCUCCCAGCCCGUUGGGGGUGGGAGUGGGCAUGGGGUCGGGGCUGCCUUGGUCUCCCGCCGAACCCAGCCUGACUAUGACAGCGCCCCAGUCUGUCCCUGGAGUUCCUGGGGCACUAUGUGGGCCAAGCUAGUUUUUAACCACUCCCUUUGUCUUGGCACAGGAACCCUGUGGGUUCCCAAGCAUGUGCCUGAGGGAGAAUCUUACAGUAGGAAAGGGAUCCCAGAAACCAAAGAAAUACUGUAACAAUUGAUUCUGGUCAUGGGCUAACGAAGACCCUCUUUAUCUGACUCAUCUCUGUCUCUCUCCUAUCUCCCUCUGUCUGCUCUCCAUGCUUCUUCGUCUCCUCGCUCUUCCUUUCUAAACUCCGUUUCUACAUCUCUCUCACCUGACUCUCUGCUGUGUGUCUUAGUCUCUGUUCAAGACCAGAAGCGAUUGCCCUGUUGGUACACAUUGUAUCAGAGUUUAAUGAUGAGACAAUAAUGUCUGUCCUGUGGCUGAUGCCCCAAGCCCUCUUCUCAAGGACGGGAAGGAGGGGAGGAGAAGCCAGAGAGAGGAGGAUCCAGAAGGAUCUUUUAAGAGGAGUCUGUCCUCCUCCUCAGCUUCUCCAUCUCCCUCCCUCCAGGCUCUGUCCUGAGGAUAACAGCCUGUCACUGGCUGGUUCGGCACCAUGUGCCCUCUGAGGCCCCGGCCAGGGCCCCCCAACCAUGUACGCCAAUGGUGCCCCAGGGCCGGCGAGGUUUCAUGUUAGUAGUAAAGAAGAUGGUUUUUUAAGAAUUUCUCUCUCCCUCCUUCCCCUUGUACCUGCCAUGGUUACCUUGUGUGCUUUAUUUUUACCCCUCUCUUAGGUGUAUUUUUUUCUCCCAGACCCCUGAGAACCUGGGGCAGGGACAGCCUGAUAUGCCCAGAGGGUCUCAGUGCUGGUCUCCAGAAGAUAUCUCUGACCUUCUUUGGGGGUGGGCAGCUCUGUCAGGAGGGAGGGGGAGACGUGGGUUUAGGGAAAGGUAUAUUUUAAAUAGAAAGUAUUUGCUUCCCAUUAUUAUUACCAAUAAAAUUUUUGACUUUA